CUCUCUCUCUCUCUAAGUUUAUGAUGUUGAGGGAAGAAAAUCUUGUGGGAGUAGGGCUUCUAACAAUCCUCCAUGUGUGCUUCCUUUCUGUUUGCGUUGCUGAUAAAAAUCAGACCUUCAAAUCUUCUUGCGGAGAUAUGAACAUCAGUGACCCUUUCUAUUUGGAAGAUGAUUACGACCACGGUUAUCCUUACUUGGGAUUGAUCUGUGAAAAUAAUCGUACUAUGGUAAACCUCAAUUACGGCAGAAAGUACCAUGUUGCAGACAUCAACUACAGUAGCUAUACCAUUCGGGUAGUGGAUCCGGGCCUAAAGAAAAAGGGCAUGGGAAACUGUUUCUCCUAUCCUCUCUAUUACUUGAGUGAUGAUUCAGUUGGAUAUGACUUUCCUACAAAUUCUAGUUCUGUAGUUUUCAUUACAUGCCCAUGGCUGAUCACUGGUGACAAGAUUCAUAAUAAGUAUAUUCCUAUCAUUCCAUGCAACACGAAUCGCAGCUCCCCUUUCUCGCAACCAUACGCGUAUGCAAUAGUUGGAGAUUUGGAGUUCGGAGAUAUUCCCGAUUCAUGCAUCUUGGACGGGAAUAUUGUCACUCAGUCAAAGGCCGUUGCGGAGGGAAGACAUUUAUCAAUGUCAGAUUUGCAAGAAGAGCAACUCAUGGGGUUUGAACUUUCAUUUCUGUAUUCCAUCUGCUACAUGGAAUGCAGUGUGAAAGGGCUAUACUGUGAUCCGAAUUUGAUCAGCAAUACUUUCAAAUGCCACAACUCCAGCAACUCCAGCGCCGUAGGAUGUUGGUAUUGCGUCUGCUUCAAGCCAAAAUGGAUCCAGACAUUGAUUAACUCUCUGCUUGACGUAACUUACUACUUAGUGGAUUCCUCAAAUUUUAAAAGGAAAGCACUUAAACGAUAUUAUUGGGACUACUACUUUGACAAUGACAUUGAGUUCAUUGGAGCCUGGAUAUUACACAAGAUUGUCAUGAUAAACAUUGGAGUACGAAUUGUACUUGGGAUGUUCAUGUUUGCCUAUUUAAUCUACAAGUUUCGACGAAGACACUUAUCAUUAGAUGAUAAUAUUGAAGAAUUCCUGCAAAAUCACAAAAGUCUUCAACUCAUAAAGUACUCUUAUUAUGAUAUAAAGAAGAUGACCAACAGUUUCAAGGAUAAAUUAGGACAAGGAGGCUUUGGCUCUGUUUAUAAAGGAAAGCUCAAGAGUGGUCGAGUUGUUGCAGUAAAAGUACUGGUUAUGUCUAAAGCUGAUGGGCAAGAUUUUAUCAAUGAAGUGGCUACAAUUGGAAGGAUCCAUCAUAUUAAUGUGGUGAAACUUGUUGGAUUUUGCAUAGAAGGUUCAAAAUGGGCUCUUAUAUAUGACUUCAUGCCUAAUGGAUCUCUUGAUAAGUUUAUUUUUCCAAAACAUGAAAACAAUACCCCCUUAAGUUGGGAGAGGUUGUAUAAGAUUGCACUUGGAGUAGGGCGUGGGAUUGAAUACUUACAUCAAGGUUGUGAUAUGAAAAUUCUACAUUUUGAUAUCAAACCACACAAUAUUCUUCUCGAUGAAGACUUCACUCCAAAAGUUUCAGAUUUCGGCCUUGCAAAGUUGUAUUCAACAGAUGAAAGUAUUGUUUCUCUCACAAAAGCAAGAGGAACAAUGGGAUACAUUGCUCCAGAAUUGUUCUACAAAAACAUUGGAUGCAUAUCAAACAAGGCCGAUGUUUAUAGUUUUGGAAUGUUGUUGAUGGAAAUGGUGGGUAAAAGGAAGAAUUUGAAUGCAUUAGUAGAUCACUCAAGUCAAAUAUACUUCCCAUCAUGGAUCUAUGAUAAAUUUUACCAAGGGGAGGACAUUGAAAUGGGAGAUGCCACAGAUAAUGAAAAAAUAUCUGUAAAAAAAAUGGUGAUAGUUGCAUUAUGGUGUAUACAGAUGAAGCCCACAGACCGUCCUUCCAUGAGCAAAGCAUUGAAGAUGCUAGAAGGUGAGAUUGAACUCUUGCAAAUGCCUCCUAAGCCUUCUCUAUAUUAUGAUGUAUUGAAGGUAGAGGAUCAGGUGAGCAAUCAAGUAGGAGUACCGGUUUCAUCACUUAAUGCCAUGGAUACAAUCACCUUAACCGGAAGGUAGUGCCACAUUGUAUCUACUUGCAUGCUUUGUCCCUUGAUAAUGUUUUCUUGGCUUAGAUGUAAGGAUUGUUGCUUUUCAUGUAUCAAAUGUAUUUGUCCUAAAGCACUGGCUUGGUUCCUAGAAGGUCUCCAUACAUGAGUCGUCUUCUCCAAGGCCUUUGAAAUUCUUAAAUAAAGUUUUGUUUCCUUUCAA